AGUCGGCUCUGAGACGCGCUGGAAAUAUGAUCUUUAAACAGCGCUUCUGUUUUCUGUGUGUAAACGAGGAGAGAAGCCGGUUACUGUCUCACUCAGAGGGACAUCUGGAGAUCUCUGCGGGUUCAACGCACCGAACCGGAUUCAGGAGUUAAUUAGAUUCCUUUAAGUCGCUCCCACAGCUUCUUCCUAAUUGACUUUUUACGCGUGAAAUCCUUGGAGUUGAACGCUCCUGUUGCCGCCUUCUCCUCCAGGAAACAGCUUUGAUGGAAACAUGAACAGAGCUGAAACCGGACCGGUUCUCCUCCUCCACCUCCUCCUGGUGCUGCUUCACGCGCCCCCGCCGUGUCUGUCCGCGCGGCCGCGACCUCCAGCGCGCUACUACGGACAAAUCACCGAGAACUCCCCGGCCGGGACGCCGGUGCAGGGGGUGCUGCUGCCGGUCGGGGGAGCAGGCUGCCCCGGCGCGGACCUCGACGGCAGCCUGACGGGGGAUUACGCGUCGGACUUCAGGCUCAUUCGCCUCCGCGGGGCCCGUCUGGGGCAUCUGGGGCUGGUCUCCGCCAAAGCGCUGGACCGGGAGUUCAUAGCGAUGUACGAGCUGACGGUGGAGCUUCCGCCGCGGUGUCACAGGCGACCGGCCGCCGUCCAGGUCGAAGUGUCGGACAGGAACGACAACGUGCCCCGGUUCACCGGCGGGAACCAGACGGUGGAGGCGGACGAGCUGACCCCGCUCGGCACCGAGCUGGCCCGCUUCUACGCGCAGGACGGGGACGCGCAGAGGAACGGACGCGUCACGUUUUACGCGGCGCCGGAGUCCCACCUGCUCCACGUGGUCCCACAGACCGGGCAGGUGAGGCUGGUCGGGUCCCUGCUCGGUGUCAGCCGGGUGACUCUGCGCCUCCUCGCGCGCGACGACGGAGACGUGCCACGUGAGGGUGAUCCGGCGUUCCUGCGCAUCGAGGUCCGCCGGUCCGGCGGCGCUCCGCCGCGGCGCGCGCGCGCUCUGACCGAGGAGCUCACCUACACCGUGACCGUACCCGACCACGCUGGAGUCCGGGACCUGGUCUUCACGGUGCCGGACCAGAAGUUCGAGCGGCGCUGGUUCGAGGUGGUGUCCGAGCCCGAGCCGCCGGUCCGCAUCGAGCGGGACUCGGGGCGUCUGUACCUGGCGCGCGCGCUGCCGGAGCCCGCCGAGGUUCUGGUGAAGAUCCACAACGCGCAAGGCAACGAGUGGUACCUGUGCAGGUUGACCCUGAGCACGUCCAGUCAGGCCCACCUGCAGUGGGCCAUGUUUCCGUCGCCGUACCUGGGCACCGUAGGGCCUGAGGCUGCGCCGGGCUCAGUGGUCUACCGACUGUCUGUACGGCAGCGGGACGGCGAGCCUGGACAGGCCCAGUUCCUCUUACUGGGCGGUGGGGAGGGGUGCUUCGAGGUGGACCGUCGCUCCGGCGACAUCAUAACCACAGGACAGCCCCUGACCCCCAGCAAGGAAUACCUGCUGCGGGUGCAGGCCACCGAGGGGGGGCGCGGGGGCCCGCCGGUCACGGUGUCGGUGCUCGCCGGCUACCGGCCGCCGCAGUUCACCAACGCCACCUACAGCCUGAACGUCCCAGAGAGCGCCGCCGUCGGCCCGCCCGUCUCGGUGGUCCAGGCUGUCUCCUUCCAGAAGAAGAACCUGUCCUACAUGUUGCUGGUGAAUCCUGGGAAUCUAUUCAGCAUCAACCAGGAGAGCGGAGCACUCAGCCUCACCAGGGCUGUGGACUACGAGAGCGGACACAACCUCCACAACCUGCAGGUCCGCGCAGCCGAACCCGACACCGGCCUCAGCAGCCUGGCAGAGGUGGUCGUCAGCGUGACGGAUGAGAACGACUGCACGCCGGAGUUCCUCCAGUCCAUCUACACCCAAGACAACGUACCUGAGAGCAUCGCACCUGGAAGCUCCCUGCUGCAGGUUCUGGCCCGUGACUGUGACUCCGGUGCAAACUCGGAGCUCUCUUACUUUGUUCACGGUGAGGACUUUGACAUCACAUCAGGGGGCGUGGUCAGCCCUGCCCGUCGCCUUGACUACGAGCGACCCAAUCACAUCUACGAGUUUGUGGUGGUCGCCGUGGACGCGGGGACGCCCCCCCGCACGGGCACGGCCUCCAUCCGAAUCCGACUCACCAACAGCAACGACGAGGCGCCCGUCUUCUCCCAGAACGUGUAUAAGACCUUCCUCAGUGAGGACGCCGGUCCGGAUACGCUGGUCGCCAUCGUUCACGCCAACGACCCGGAUGGAGACUCCGUCUCUUACGCCAUCACCGGGGGCAACGAGGACAGCAACUUCCUGUUAGACAACCAGAAGGGCAUCAUCAAGCUGCGGAGGAGCCCCCCCCCGAGGCUCAAGGGGCCGCGCUACGUCCUCAACAUCACGGCCACGGACGACAACGCAUCGGGGGGGCCGUACCCGCUCAGCAGCUCCGCCCAGGUCGUCGUGGGGAUCAACGACAUCAACAACAACAAGCCGCUGUUCCACGAGUGUCAGAACUACAGUCAUCACGCCGUGGUUCUGGAGAACCAGCCCCCAGGUACCUUCGUGCUGCGCGUCCAGGCCCACGACGCCGACAUGGGGGUCAACGGGGAGGUCAAGUACGGCCUCGUGCAGCGGGACGGGGUGUCCUCUGGGUUCGCCAUCGACCCCGACACUGGCGUCAUCACCACCACGGUGAGCUUCGACCGAGAGCGCCGGAGGGAGUGCACGCUGUCGGUGACGGCCACGGAUCAGGCCGAGGAGCCGCUCAUUGGCAUCUGUCAGGUCACCGUCGUCAUCGGCGACCAGAACGACAACGACCCCAAGUUCGAAAACAGCCGCUACCAGUACUUCCUGCGUGAGGACACAGCGGUGGGAACCAGCUUCCUGCGGGCGGCGGCGCACGACGCCGACCAUGGGAGCAACGCGGCCAUCACCUACGCUCUGUCCAAUCAGGAGCCGGCUUACCUGCACAUCCACCCCAGCACGGGCUGGAUCUACGUCAACCACCCCAUCUCUCAGACGUCGAGGAUCAGCCGGCAGAUCGUGGCGUCUGACGGAGGUGGGCGGAGCAGCUGGGUGGAGCUCAGCGUCGUCAUCACCAACGUGCACAACCAGCCGCCGGUGUGGGAGCGGCCCGAGUACCACGUCACGCUGCCCGAGAACACGGCGCGGGACGCCAGGGCGCUGACCAUCAAGGCGACGUCGCCCCUCGGUGACCCCCGGGUGACCUACAACCUGGAGGACGGCCAGGUGCCGGAGACCAACAUGCCGGUGCGCUUCUACAUCAAGCCCAACCGGGCGGACGGCUCGGCGUCCCUGCUGGUGGCCGAGAACCUGGACUACGAGACCACGCCCCUCUUCGCCCUGCGGGUCCGGGUCCAGAACGUCGCCGCCGUGCCGCUGGCGUCCUUCACCACCGUCUACGUCAACGUGACGGACGUCAACGACAACGUCCCUUUCUUCCUGUCCUCCACCUACGAGGCGACGGUGCCGGAGGGGGCCGAGGUCGGCACCUCGGUGGCUCAGGUCUCGGCCACGGAUCUGGACUCUGGUCUGCACGGGAUGGUCCACUAUGUGAUCCUGAAGGACGAGAGCGGCGACUCUCAGUUCUUCAGCAUCGACCCGCUGAGCGGCGUCGUCGUGACUCGCGCCUCCUUCGACCGCGAGCAGAAGGCCUCCUACCUCAUCGAGGUGCAGUCGCAGGACGGCUCCACGUCGGCCAGACCGGGCCAGCAGGGACAACCCAACACCGACACGGCGUACGUCAGGAUCUUCGUCACAGACGUCAACGACAACGCUCCGGCGUUCUCCCGGCCGGCCUACGAGGUGAGCGUUGAGGAAGACGAGGAGGUUGGCUUCGUCCUCAUCACCGUCACCGCCAACGACGAGGACGAAGGUGCCAACGCCAAGCUGCGGUACCAGAUCACCUCUGGAAACCACAUGGGGGCCUUCGGCGUGGAGCCCGAGGUCGGCGCCGUCUACGUGGCCCGGCCGCUGGACUACGAGACGGAGCGGCGCUACGAGCUCCGCCUGGUGGCCUCCGACGGGAAGUGGGAGAACGAGACGCUGGUGACGGUGCAGGUGGGGAACCGCAACGACGAGGCGCCCGUCUUCAGCCGGACGGAGUACCGCGCCGCCGUGAGCGAGGAGCUCAGCCAGCUGCCCGUGGAGGUGCUGCAGGUGUCGGCUGUGGACCCGGACCAGGAGGCCGACCAGACCGCCCUCCGCUACUCCCUCCAUGGCCAGGGCGCCGGCAGCGAGUUCACCAUUGACGAACGCACUGGAAGGAUCUCCGCUCAGCGCCGGUUGGACCGCGAGGAGCGCCCGGCCUGGAGGUUCCUCGUUCUGGCCACGGACGAAGGAGGGGCGGGACUCACAGGGUUCGCCGACGUGCUGAUGGAGGUCACAAACGUCAACGACAACGCGCCCUUCUUCCCGUGCCCGGCGCUGGAGGCGGACGGGUGUUUUGCUGGCCGGGUGCCCGAGAACUCCCCCGCCGACACAUCCGUCAUGGAGAUGCGCGCCGUGGACCUGGACAUCCCCAACGAGGGCGAGAGCGCUGCACUGACCUACAGCAUCAUCAAGAACGUCCGCAACGAGAUCAACCUCGACCUGUUCUCCAUCAACGCCAGCACGGGCGCCAUCCACACGGUGCUGCGUUCGCUGGACAGGGAGGCGGAGGAGCGCUAUCUGGUCGUGGUGGAGGCCCGGGAUGGAGGCGGGUUGGCGGGAACGGGGACGGCCACCAUCACGGUUUCAGACGUCAACGAUCACCCACCCGUCUUCACCCAGAGGCUCUACAGCGCUCAGGUGACGGAGGACAUGGAAGUGAACAGUGAGGUCCUGGUAGUGUCCGCCACGGACGGAGACGAGGGGGAGAACGCCGUGGUGACCUUCAGCAUCGUUGGCGGCGACGCGGACCGGAAGUUCUUCGUGGAAACGGACAAAGUGAACCGUCGCGGCGUCAUAAAACUCAAGAAGAAGGUGGACUUCGAGAAGCCCCGCGAGAGGACGUUCAAUCUGACGCUGAAGGCCGAAGAUGCCGAUUUCUUCAGCCUGGCCCACUGUCUCGUUCAGGUGGAGGACACCAACGACCACGCGCCUGUCUUUCUGCCGCAAUUCUAUGAGUCAGCGGCCAUGUCUGAGGACGUUUCCGUGGGGACAAUCGUUGCUCAGGUUACGGCUUCUGAUCUGGACUCGGGUCAGAAUGGACGCUUUUCCUACAGCAUUUUGAGAGAGUCGGACCCGUACAGUCAGUUCCUGGUGGACCAGUCCGGUUGGGUGGUCGUGGCCGAUUCCCUCGACAGGGAGAAAACCUCACAGCACCGGAUCGUGGUCCUCGCCACAGACGCCGGCGGCCCACCCAUGACCGGCACAGCCAUCGUCAUGGUAACUGUACUGGACGUGAACGAUAACGGGCCGGAGUUCGAGGUGCCCUACAGGCCGGUCGUUUGGGAGAACGCGCCGGCGCCGCAGUCGGUCAGAAUGAACGAGACCUCCCUGCUCCUCCACGCCACCGACCGGGACACCUCCGCCAACGGCGCACCGAUCUCCAUACGGCUCCUCAUGCUCACCUCGGACGCCACCAACUUCAACCUGACGGACUUUCGGAACGGCAGCGCGGCCGUCACCGCCCUCCGGACCUUCGACCGCGAGCGGCAGAAGGAGUACCGCCUCCCGAUCCUCAUGAUUGACAGCGGCUCUCCUCCAAUGAGCUCCACCAGCACGCUGACCGUCGUCAUUGGCGACAGGAACGACCACCCCCACUCGCCAGGACACACCAACUUCAUCGUGUACAGUCACGAGGGCGUCCUCCCAACGACGGCGCUCGGGCGAGUUCGAUCCCUCGACCUCGACGACUGGAGCGAGAAGGUGUACCGCUUCGAAGGAAAACCCUCCAGGUGGUUCAGCCUGAACCAGACCUCGGGUCUGCUCAGCGUGAGGGAGGGGGCUCCUCCCGGCUCCUACCGCCUGCAGGUGCGCGUGUCGGACUACACCUGGCCCUCCGUCACCUCCUCGGCUCAGGUGGAGGUGCGGGAGCUGCAGCCAGCGGCGCUGAGGAACGCCGCCUCUCUGCGCCUCCUCAAUGUGUCGGUGGAGGAGUUCUUCGGGGGGGGGGGAGCCGAGAGCCUCUUCUCUCGUCUCGGCCGCUCUUUGGCUGAACUCCUUCAGACGUCGCCGGCCAACGUGCAGAUCUUCUCUGUGAAGGAGGGGCGGCGAGGGGGGGGGGAGGCGCUGGCCGUGUGGUUCUCGGCUCGUGGCCCCGCCCCCUACCGGAAGGAAAAGCUGCUUGGCUACGUGGCGGCGAGCAGAGCGCAGGUGGAGGCCGCGCUGGGCGUGUCCAUCUCCCAGGUGGGCGUGGACGAGUGUCCCUUCACUGACUGCGGUCGGUCCGGAGGCUGCAGCACCGACGUUUCCUUCGGUCCGGUCCCCGUGGCGCUCGGUGCCGGAUCCGCCGCCGCGCUGGUGUCGCUGCCGGCCGCGGUGACGGCGCGGUGCGGCUGCGGCGGUCGGGAGGCCGCCCACCUGCCCUGCUCCUCCUACCCCAACAACCCCUGCCGCAACGGGGGGGCCUGCCAGGACGGCCCGCUGGGGUACAGGUGUAAUUGUCCUCCCAUGUUGGACGGGCCCGAGUGCCAGCAGACCAAACACAGCUUCGGCGGCGAGGGCUACGCCUGGUUCCCUCCCAUCAUGCCUUGCUUUCAGAGCCACAUCUCGCUGGAGUUCCUGGCCGAGUCGGCCAAUGGGCUGCUGCUGUAUGACGGGCCGCUAGGCCCCGCCCACUCCGGCGAGCAGGAGGACUUCAUCGCCGUCGAGUUGAGGAACGGCGUUCCGGCUCUGAGCAUCAACCACGGGUCGGGGGCGCUGACCCUGCAGCUCCCGCCCCGAUCCGCCGUUACUCUCCGCCGCUGGCAUCGACUCGACGUGGUCAGCGACGGGAAGGCCGUCCAGCUGAUCCUGGACCAGUGUGGGGGGGCGGCGGUUAACGAGCUGGAGGCCGGGGGGGAGGACAGCCAGGAGACGGACGAGUCCGGCUGCAGAGCUGCAGGAGAGACGCCAGGAGACCAGAGGUAUCUCAAUGUCUUCCAGCCUCUUCAGUUGGGAGGAAUAAAGGAAACAUCUCCUCAUCGGCGUUACCGCGGCUUCACCGGCUGCAUCCGCAACCUGGUGGUGGACAGUCAGGUGUACGACCUGGCGUCUCCCGGUGAGAGCGUGGACAGUGCUCCGGGCUGCCGGCUCACGGACGCCGUCUGCCUGACGGCUGCGGGACCGUCCUGCGGAGCUCACUCCUCCUGUGUCGCCUCCUGGGGCUCCUUCAGCUGUGUGUGUGAGGCGGGGUACUCCGGACCCCAGUGUGACACCACCGUCCCAGAGUUCUCCUUCUCCUCGGGCAGCGUGGUGCGUUUUCAGCUCAGAGGAGGUGGCAGUUCUCGCCGCUCAGACGUGCGGCUCCUCCUGCGGACCCGGUCCUCCUCGGGCUCGCUGCUCUCCGUGGCGUCCCGGGAGUCCGGCGAGUGCAUCAUCCUGGAGAUUGCCGAGGGCCUCCUCUCCGUCCGCGCCGACCUCGCCGACGGCGCCCACGUCUUGCGCCUCCCCGGCCAGCGGGUGGACGUCGGCCAAUGUGUGCAGGUUGGCCUGGGUCGCCACGACAACCUGUUCACGCUCAGGCUGGAGCAGGGCGGGGGCUCGCGGGAGGUGCAGGCCCGGCUGGGGAGCCGGCGGGAGAUCGUACUUCACCCGACUAGCGUGACGGUCGGCAACGACUUUCAGGGUUGUCUGCGGGACGUUCGUUUUAACGCUCAGGUGCUGCCUCUGGAGGGGCGGAGCCAGGACUCAGUGACGGUGCUGGAGAGGCGGGGCAUCACCUCUGGUUGCUCCAGCGACGCCUGCACCGGCCAACCGUGCAGCAGCCCGCUGCGCUGCGUCGACCUGUGGAGGAAGCACCAGUGCAGGUGCCCCGGCGGCCUGGUGACGGUGACGGAGGACUCCGGGCAGCAGCGCUGCGUGCCGUCGCCCUGCGGCGUCUCAUCCUGCCGUAACGGCGGCGUCUGCCAGGCGCUGACACCCGACAGCUACCGGUGCCGCUGCCAGGACGGCUUCAGCGGCCAGCGCUGUGAGCAGGGCCAGGUCAAAGGUCACCGGCUGGCCGCCCUCAGCCCCAGCUCCAUCCUGGCCAUCAGCAUGUGUCUGCUCGUCUUCUUCGCGGUGCUGGUGGCCGUGACGGUGUGGAACCAGAAGGGAAGCCGUAACAAGUUCAGGAAGCGAGGAGUUUACCACAUCCCCACCGAGCACGAGAGCUGGGAGGACAUCCGAGAAAACAUCCUGAACUACAACGAGGAGGGGGGGGGCGAGCAGGACCAGAACGGGUAUGACAUCACCGAGCUGAAGCGCCCGCUGUGCUCCAGUCUGUCUCAGUCCUCCUCCUGCACCACGGCGCCGCUCGUCAAGUGCUCCCCCGGCUCCCAGGAGGAGGUGCACCCGUCCGGCUCCUCCUGCAGCUCCGGAGCUCCCUACCUCAGCAUCCCGCACCACCUCCACCAGCACCACCACCACCAGCAGCACCUCCAUCACACUGCCGGCUCCCACGGCGACGCCCCGUCGGGGCCGCGCCCCCACGUGGACUUUAAAAGCUACGUGGAGCGAAUCAUCUGGGAGGCGGACAGCGGCGGCGAGGCGCUGCCGGUGGACGCGUACCACGUGUGGUGCGUGGAGGGCUCGGGGUCGGCGGCAGGAAGCCUCAGCUCUCUGGGGUCAGCUGCAUCACGCAGGAACAUCCUCAUCGCCCCCGGAGACGAGGAGGAGGAGGAGGAAGGGCAGGGGGGGUCGGCCUGCGACCGACUCUCUCAGUGGGGCCCAAAGUUCACAGCGCUGAGCGAGAUGUACGACCGGCCCCCGCUGGCCCCCACGUACAGGGACGCCGUGGCCUACGUCCAGAGGAGCUGCAGCCAAGAGCGCCUGCCCCACCACCACUAUGGGGCGCCACACUGCGCUAAAACACUGCGCUAAGCUAACACUGCUAACAGACAGCUAACAAUUCCUUUCAGCUCUCCUUCGUUGGAGAAACCAAAGUCGACAUUUUUAAGAAUCCAGCACACAACGAGCGUCGAAGACAAACGCACAAACGUCCAGACAAUCAUCCCGUCAGCUGUUGGAGGUUCUCCCUCCAUCAGGAUGUUUCUUCAGGUGCAGAAAACUAGACUAAAUCCUAAAUUCUGUAUUUCAGCUGAAAUCAAUUGCUAUGUUUUUUAAUUCUACAUAUAGUGGUAUGAAGUGACUGCCUUUCAUUGGUGGAAACACUGAUAUUUCUAUUACAUUUUACUAUUCACCUUUCAAUGGAACUUUAUUUUGUAAAAGACAUCAUCUACAAUAGUCAACAGCAAGACAACUUAAUCCUUUUAAAAAUGUACCAUGAAUUACACGUUAAUGUGUACAGACGCAUCAGAGAGACGGACCACGGAUACUACGAUGUCUGUGACUGCUAACAAAGCUAGUUAGCUAAACGAUGUUACAUUUAACAUAGCUAAGUUAGCUCCCUAAAUGACGUUACAUUUAACAUAGCUAAGUUAGCUCCCUAAAUGACGUUACAUUUAACAUAGCUAAGUUAGCUCCCUAAACGACGUUACAUUUAACAUAGCUAAGUUAGCUCCCUAAACAACGUUACAUUUAACAUAGCUAAGUUAGCUCGCUAAACGACGUUACAUUUAACAUAGCUAAGUUAGCUCCCUAAACAACGUUACAUUUAACAUAGCUAAGUUAGCUCCCUAAACGACGUUACAUUUAACAUAGCUAACAUUUAAAAACAAUUGACUUGGAAUCGGUUCACAAAUGUUUUCCGGCCUUUUUGUGUUUCGUGCAGUGACUUGUUUUGAUUGGACGAGCAGAAGGAGGCAGGGCCUCAGCACUCUAUUCGUUAACACUUGCAAUUAGCAUACACAGCGUUAGCACUAAUCGCUAACAUGCACAUUUCCCAUCCUUUCAACAAUUACAGUGAUUAGCAUUUGAGAUUAGCACAAUAUUACUAUAAAGGUAAGUUACUACUAAAUGACAAAGUUUGAUAUAAUAUUCACACUUUUAAUCUGCAAUAAUAAGUGGAGGCAACAUGAAGCUCUCUGAGUAAAUAAAGUUACUCUUUAAUAACUAAACUGUUUAAGAGGCACAAAACAGACUUUAGUUUGAAUCACAUUGUUGCAGAAUAUUUGGGUUUUUUUGUGCUGAUAUUGUUUGGUUUAUUUCACUAUUUUAAACACUUUCUUACAACCUGCUUGGAUUGUUUUGGAUAAUCAGGCUAAAAUAAGAUGUGAUUAGACGGUUUACUACCAGAUGUUAAAACAUGUUAAAACAGGUAAAUCAAUUUAAAAACUGAUCUUUUGUUAUAUUUUAUUUCUAGAAUCUGAAAAGUAAAGAUGAGUUGAUCUCAGCUCACAGAUUGAUUCCAGUGUUUUAGGAAGAAGACUUUUAUACAAACAUCGUUCCAAACAACCACAAUCAGAGGAAGAACGUUUUUAUUCAGUCAGUUUAUUAUCGACUGAGAAGAUAUAAAAAGAGUCUUUACUUGAGCGAUGAAAUGACAAUGAAAUCCAGAUGUUUUAAUGCUGUUUGUUUUUAUCUAACUUUUAAAAAAAAAUGUACUCAAAACAGAACAAAUCAGGUGUCUUUUUCUAAACCAUGUGAAGCUUUGACGUACGUACGUAUGAGUGUGUGUGUGUGUGUGUGUGUGUGUGUGUCAUUGUGCGAUCUGUUGAUCGAUGUACAUAUGCAAGUUUUAUAAAAUCCUACCAUGGAAUAUUCCUUUAGUACAUGACUUUUAAUAAAAACUGCUUUCUCCCUAAAUGAUUGACAGGCGCCUUGUUUCUUCUCUUUAGAUUCAGAAGAAAAGAAGAAAUGUGAAAAAGUAUGAAUAAAGGAAAUAAAAUGUUUCACAUCAGAUAGGAGUCAUCUUUAGAAGAUGCUUCGUGGUGCUUGUGGUGGGUGGUAUAUCCACUCGUGAGGAAACACGCCCCCACGUGGUGAAGCAGGAGAUGACACCGACAGGACGGCGUUCAGCUGUUUGGUUGCUUUGGCAAGUUUCCACAUGCAGAAUGCCCACAAACAAAAUACGACCAUCCUGAAUGACCCGAAUCCAUAGUUAUUAGAUCCAAACCGUCACAACAAACACAAUCUCAUCAGGACUUUUAUACAAACAUCGUUCCAAACAACCACAAUCAGAGGAAGAGCGUUUUUAUUCAGUCAGUUUAUUAUCCACUGAGAAGUGAUAAAAAGAGUCUUUACUUGAGCGUAACUCCUUCAACGAUGAAAUGACAAAGAAAUCCAGAUGUUUUAAUGAUGUUUGUUCAUCUCAUUUCAGGUCAGUUUGUUUGUGUGAGUGUGUAUGUGUGUGUGUCAUUGUGCGAUCUGUUGAUCGAUGAACAUAUGAACGUUUUAUAAAAUCCAACCAUAGAAUAUUCCUUUUGUUCAUGACUUUUAAUAAAAACUGCUUUUCCCCUUUAAUGAUUGACAGGAGCCUCGUUUCUUCUUCUUCUCUCAGUUCAGGUUUUUAGAUUCAGAGAAAGAAGAAGAAGAAACGUGAAGAGGAGGCAAAAGGAUGAAUGGAUGAAAUAAAAUGUUCCUCAUCAGAUAGGAGUCAUCUUUAGAAGAUGCUUCGUGGUGCUUGUGGUGGGUUGUAUGUCCACUCAUGAGGAAACACGCCCCCACGUGGUGAAGCAGGAGAUGACACGUUUCCACAUGCAGAACGCCCACAAACACAGAUCCAUAGUUAUUAGAUAUAUUAUAUAUAUAUAUGAUAUAUUAUUAUAUUA